CUGUUUUGAGCCACCUUACAUAAUCUCUUUGUCACUGUUUUUACAGUAGAAAAAUAAACAAAUCUCCUUUCCAAAGUAAACGGAUAUUUUGAGCUUUUAGAGCUUCCGACCACCGCAGCAGAAAACUCAUAUCUCUUAAGACUCUGUUCUGUAACAAGUUCGAACGUGUGUAUCUUUAAAAACAUCACCUGCAUCACGUCCUAUUGUCCUGUGGUAAACACGAUACGGUUGCUGACGUGGAUAUCACCUUUAGCCAAUCAGAAUUCAGUUGUACUAGUACAAGAGCCUGGCCGUCCUUGGCAACUGCCCGUAUUCAAGACAAUGAUACAGCAGAAAAGAUGGGCAAGAUAAAUGUUGUGCCUUCGAUGCCAGCUUUGCUGGUUUUGAUGUUCGAAGUUGGAAAUCUCUUUCUUCCAGUGAAAGGAAACUCGAUACAAACUGGAAAGCUCAACAUAUCACAGACGUUACCAGACUGGAGUUGCAACAGUGGAUGUUCUCUUCCUCAAGACUGCAGAUUAAGAUCUUGUACAAACAUUGCAUUUCCUGUUGCUUUCAGUGGCUCAGGAAAGGUUCACGUUCACGUUACAUUGAGUCAUGGCGAGCAGUUUUCAAAUGUUCACUCGCCUUCAGCUUUGUGGGUUCAUUCUGUCACUACAAGUUGGUUCGAGGUGUGUGUCCGCGAGUCGGGAAUUCCAUCAAAUGACAGUGGAGUUAUCAACUGGCUGGCCUUUCAAGAUCGACCCGAUGUUACACAUGGAAGUGUUAGUUUCAAUGGAUAUUGGACAACAGAAACCAGAUGCGAGAAAAUAUCUUUCUCACAGAGUUUUGGUGGAAGACCUUCUGUGUUUGUCUCAGCAAAGUACACUCGUGAUACAAAGUCUAACGACGCCAUGUAUGUUUGGUUGGAGAACGUGAAUUCUGGAAGCUUCGAGGUUUGCAUCCGGGAAUUCUUACCAUUCGACGGGAAACAUCAAGACACGAUUGUUGACUGGUUUGCAUUCAUUGACAAUGGUUCGAAGUUUAAUUUUACCCUGUCAGGAGAUGCUAUUUUUCUAAACAAAAAGGCUCCGAGAGCUGAGGACAACUACGGCUUUUGUCAAGUAAGAGUAUUGGAAACUUAUCAAAAAUAUUAGGUUACUUGAGGGAGAAAUGAAAAGACCAGAACUCGGAUUUUAGGGUCUCUUUAUACUCUUCUAGUGGGACUAGAAGGAUGAUAAAAAAAUAUCGUAAGCUUAAUGUGAAAAGAGUUGAUAUUAAUUAGUAGCCUUUUUGUAAGUUUUUCUGUGAACUGGAAAAUACA